GAAAGAAAGGAAGCAAUCUCCAAGCAGAUGUCUGACUAUCCCUUCUCGCACACUCCCAGCAUCGGGUUACAGGGUCCCGAGAGCCCCCACCCACAUUCUGCGGCCCCACACGGGUGAACCGUCAGCGUCUUCACACCACAAUGUGCAGAGAUUGUAGACGGCGACGCGCUCGGGCGCAGACUAUGUAAUCGUCGCGCGGAGGGAAGAGGAGGGAUCGGGUCGGCUCGCUCCUCGCAGCGGCAGCGGCAGUGGCGGCGCGGCCACUCGGCAGGCGGAGUUUCGCAGCAGCUGCCGCAGGGUAGCGCCAGCCCCGAGGCGAGGUCUCCGCAUCUAGCCCGGCUGUGGCGAGUCGGAGCUCCCGGGAGCCCCGGGGGAAGCGAGCGAGCGCACCUCUCCGGCCCGAGCGGCGCCGCGCCCGGUUGCGUUGCAGGCAGGCAGCAUGGAGAAGGACGGCCUGAGCCGCGCCGACCAGCAGUACGAGUGCGUGGCGGAGAUCGGGGAGGGCGCCUACGGCAAGGUGUUCAAGGCCCGCGACCUGAAGAACGGAGGCCGGUUCGUGGCACUGAAGCGCGUGCGGGUGCAGACGGGCGAGGAGGGCAUGCCGCUCUCCACCAUCCGCGAGGUGGCGGUGCUGAGGCACCUGGAGACCUUCGAGCACCCGAACGUGGUCAGGUUGUUUGAUGUAUGCACAGUGUCACGAACAGACAGAGAAACCAAACUAACACUAGUGUUUGAACAUGUUGAUCAAGACUUGACCACUUACUUGGAUAAAGUUCCAGAGCCUGGAGUGCCCACUGAAACCAUAAAGGACAUGAUGUUUCAGCUUCUCCGAGGUCUGGACUUUCUUCAUUCUCACCGUGUAGUGCAUCGUGAUCUAAAACCACAGAACAUUCUGGUGACCAGCAGUGGACAAAUAAAACUGGCUGACUUUGGGCUUGCCCGCAUCUAUAGUUUUCAGAUGGCACUUACCUCAGUGGUCGUCACGCUGUGGUACCGGGCACCAGAAGUCUUGCUACAGUCCAGCUACGCCACCCCCGUGGACCUCUGGAGUGUUGGCUGCAUAUUUGCAGAAAUGUUUCGUAGAAAGCCUCUUUUCCGUGGAAGUUCAGAUGUGGAUCAACUGGGGAAAAUCCUGGAUGUCAUUGGACUCCCAGGAGAAGAGGACUGGCCUAGAGAUGUUGCCCUUCCCAGGCAGGCUUUUCAUUCCAAAUCUGCCCAGCCCAUCGAAAAGUUCGUAACUGAUAUUGAUGAACUUGGCAAGGACCUACUGCUGAAAUGUUUGACAUUUAACCCAGCCAAAAGAAUAUCUGCUUACAGCGCCCUGUCUCACCCAUAUUUCCAAGACCUGGAGAGAUGCAAAGAGAACCUGGAUUCCCACCUGCCAUCCAGCCAGAACACCUCGGAGCUGAACACAGCCUGAGGCCCCCAGAGCUGCUGUGAGCUGGUCAUCUGGAGAGCACCUUGGUGGCUGAUGGGUCCCCUGAGCAAGCCCUGCAGGGUUACUGGGUGCAGGCCCUCCAGCUGCCAUCUUCUGGAUGGGCUUUGCGUCUCCAAGGAAACCGCCUAGUUUACUGUUUUGAAAUCAAUGCAAGAGUGAUUGCAGCUUUAUGUUCGUUCACUUGUUUGUUUGUCUAUUUGUUUCAAGAACCUGGAGAACUUCCAGAAGAGAAGCUGCUGACCAAUUGUGCUGCCAUUUCAUUUUUCUAACCUUGAAUGCUGCCAGUGUAGAGGGGGUAAAUCCAGGCACAGCUGAGUUAUGACGUAAUCUCUCUGCAGCUGCUAGGCCUGAUUUGGUACUUUUUAGCGUGUGCAUGUGUGUGUGUAUGUGUGCGCGCGCGCGCGAGAUUUCUGAUCUCUUAAAGUGUUACUUUUUGUAGACGACAAGAAUAAUUGAAUUUUAAAGACUCAAGGUGACUGUUAUUACAGGCACUUGUUUGCUGGAGGUGAUUCACCAGCAGGGUCUUCUCAGAUUACAAAGUUGAGUCUCCAUGUCCUCCGCAUUUCCUUUCUGUCCAAAAGCUUCGCUAGCAGUAAAAGAUGAAGUUUUAAACAUAGCAAAAUGAAAAUAUAUAUAUAUCCAGUAUCUUUUAAGUGACCUGUUUUUUUAAGCAUGCAUUCUAUUUACUCUUCGAAAAGUUGCAUUUACUCAUCCUCUAUAGUGUCAUACUUUAUUGUGUCUUUUGAAAAAUAUCCUAUAAGCUUUUUAUUAUUUGCAAUAGAUUUAGGAAGUAUACCUCAAGUAGGUUUGAAAAAGAGAAAGCCUGUAUUUUCUGGUUUGAGAUGUCUUUAUUUCCUUUGCGUUUUUAGAAUUUGUCAGAUACUGCAUCCCGCUUUGGCUUGGCAGGGAGUUCUGACUAGAAACAGGAAUGCCAUUUACACUCUCUUCACAGGUUCCACUGUACUUCCUCCCUCCCGUGCACUGCCUUCUUCUGCCUUGUUUGCACAAGGCCAUCUUACCUGUCUCCCAGCACCUGUAGAGCAUACUGCUGCCAUCACUUACCUAAUAACAGACUGCGAAGCUCUUCCAUACACCACCUGCUUGCUUGCUUGCUUUUAAUGGAUGUUUUGCAAACUUGUAGCUUAAGAUUAUAGUGUAUGGCUUCAAUUGUGCACCUCUAACAGGGUUCCAUAUGUUCUUAUUUUCUAUGCAGUCUUCCUGCUUGGCAUUCACCGAUGUUAUCUAAGCAAUGAGUAGGAUGCUUGUACUGCCUGUCACCAGCACAUAGAUUACUAUUGACUUGUUUUUUAGUGUUUUACAUUUAUAGCAUAUAUCAUUUGUGUAGUAUCUAAGGGAAUGUGUUUUACUAUUUUUUUAGAGAUACCUAUUUACUCUAAAAUGAUCUCUUUCUCCAUCCCCAGGCUUUUUUUUUUUUUUUUUUUUUUUUUUUUUUUUUUUUUUCUGGUGCCUUGUUCUCUGCAGAGCCAGCCUGGCCUGGGCAUUAUGGACAGCUGUAACUUUCUCUCUUGCUGUUUUCUCUUCUGUCCUUUAUAUUAUCACCUCUGUCUUAUACACCAUGUAGUCCAGAAGACUGUAUGCUAUCUUUUGGGAAGUAUAGCUAUCUUUCAUUUGUGUUUUGAGUGUAUGCAAGUACAGACUACAGCUUUGGAAGAACACCCAUGCAUGUCACUCAGAUAUUGAUUCUCACAAUGUUUAUACAUUAGCAAGCUUUCCUGAACCCCUCUCAGUUUAGUGGUGCAUGUGGUUAUCUUGAAUAGAGAAGUUAGGAGAUGUCUGACCCUGCGAGCUUUGGGGAUAGAGAACCAUUCUUUUUUAAUACAUAUAUUGUCAUUGUUUUCAUUCAGUAGCUUGGAGAAUAGGAAUUUUCUUCUAAAGCGAGACUUACAAAAAGAGAAGAUGGGCUAUAAGAAUAUUCUCCACUUCUUCCAUUGUGACACUAGUAACAAUGUGUUGUCAGCACUGUAAAUGCUUGAGAUAUAAUCAGUCCAGAGCAUCCUGGACAAGGUCUACUCAAAUCUCACUUGGACAAUGAGUUCUGCCUUUCCUUUGACCAAAGUUCAAAAUACAGACAUUGUUGCCCGGACCUAGAAGUUAGGUUUUAAAACUCACUGCACUGAUUCGUCAUGACCUUUCUGAUUAGCAUCAUGUAAUAAAGUAAAAAUAGCUUUGAGGGUGUUUUGUUUUGUUUUUUCCAUUUUUUUCUGUAACUUUACUUGAGUAAAAUACAGCUGUUCUAAACUGGAAUUUUUCAGCAUUUGAAAUUGCAAGUACAGAAUUCAACUUUAUUUCUAUCAUUUGCUUUGGGCUUAGUGAUUAGUAAAGAAAAAUGAUAGCAUAAAUAUUUUGGCACUAGGGACUUGGCAUUUUAUCUCUCAAUAGUACAGAAGGAAAGGACACGUCAGCCUCUGAACUCAGCCAGAGCCACCCCCAGUUUCUCACCUGUAUGACUGCUGUCCUUGAGCAGCUCUCUGGGGGUGUCCUCAUACUUCUGAAUCCCGGUUCUCACACCAGAAGCCUUGCCACUUGGACCCCUAGUAGUACAUAGAAACAUGGUAGAGUAAGACUUAGUGAAUUCACCUUAUUCCUGGGUGACACAUAGUGUCAGGCUCUUUGUCAAAGCUAGGCAGUGGUUAAAUGUGAAGGUCAUUCUGUUCUAGAGUUCUACUGAAGUAACUUCCAGCAAGCUAAAUACCAAGAUGGAUUUGAAAGGAGAACAAGAAUGUGCCUGAUUGUUUCUGUGAGGGUUCCAUUCCCCAGGCCCAGGCAUUGUGGGGACUGUUGUGCAGAGUGGAGUCAUAAAGACCUGCGGAUAAAAGCUAAACUAGAAAAAGAAACCUGUCCAUUUGGUCCUCAUAAGCUGUCAUGUGGAGACAGCCUCACUUUAAAAUACAGCCUCACUUUAAAAACACAAUUCCUGAAGGUUUGUAAGGAGCCAGUGAGCUGAAGCCUCCCACUUUGUCAUCUUUAAAGCAAUGGGAACCCACAGAGAACCUGUUUGAAUUAGCUCAGGGCCCAUUUCAGCCCCCUGGCUCUCACAGAUUAAUCAGGAAGCGCUCACUGAAACCGCAGACUUUUCAUUUAGCCCAGGGUGACUUACUAAAAAUAGCUCAAAAUUACCCAACUAAGAAUAGAAAUCUCAGCGUGUUAAUUUAAGUAAAAAAUGCAAAUUUCUGGAUGCACAAGAUGCUGCCAUUCUAAAGACAGUGUGUUCCUUUUAAUAGAAAGGCAUAAGGCUUGGCUCUACAACGGGGUACGAGUCAUCCUGUGGAAAAGUCAAUAGUACCAAACAUUUUGAUCUUUAAAUUAUGUAUUUAACUUCUAUAUAGCUGCUUCUCUUAUAAAAGUGGUGCCUAUUAAAGUCAAUAAUGGCAAUUCUCAUUCCGUUAUGGAAAUCAAGUCAUGUAAACUUUCUAACAUCAUAAAUGUACUAAAAUUCUGCUGCCCAAAGAAUUGCUCUUCUUUUAAGUAACAACUUGAUAUUUUUUCUUGUAAGCACGUGAGAGUGUCUUACAUUUUGUUUUCCAAAAGCACACUUUUGUUGCAUAUGCGGGUCUAGGAAAGAAUGACGUUAAAAGUCAAUAUACCACCAUGAUUACUUGUGUUAGUAUAUAUUGAUACAAUUCAAAAGUCUGCAUGUUUUGCAUUGUGACAUAAAAAUAUAGGUAUUAUAUGAUUUCUUUAGAUAUUAUUUAUAAAACAGUAGAGAAUGCACAUAAGGAAUUUAGGAGACAUUGAAGACAUUCAAAGAGUAAUUCUUUAAGUAUAUUGUAAAAAUUUAUAUGAAAGUCACCUGGCAACCAUGGACUUGGUAUGCUACAAAGCACAUUUUAUGAAGAAGCAGCUCCAUGGGGUGCCACUUGCUAGACAUGCCUAAGAACAACCACUAAAAAUAUAAAUGUAUGAAGGCAUGUCCCUGUUAUGCCAGUGAGACUUUGAAAAAAUUAUAAACCUUAUCCAGAAUCUUUUAUUAUGUGCAUUAGUACAUCCAGGUACAUAAUUAGGAAGGUAUUUUCACAUUCAUUCUCCACAGUGGAAAAGGUUUAGAAGUACCAAAGCCUAACACAUAACAUAAAGGCCUGGGAUGUGCUUUGUAGUGGUUUUCCUUCCUAGGAGUGAAGAUAGCAUCCACGUAUUGUGUGCUCCCUUUGAUUGAGGGAGGGAGCAGGGUUGUCUCUGUACAACCCAGGCUGUCCUAGAACUUGGAACCUUCUGCCUUAGCUUCCCAACUGCUAGGAUUGUAGGCAUAUGCCACCCUGUGAGCUUGGCUUUCUUUUAUAUUGUACAAUUCCAAGCCUAAUUUUGAUACAUACUUAUAGCCCAAGCAUUUCUAACUUGUACUUCUUUAGAAAAUAAACCAAAACUAUUCCUUUGUCUUUCUCAUCUUCUGACAACUGUAGAGCGAUCCAGACAUUUUUAAAUGUUUUCUUUUUCAAUCCACCUUUUUGAGUUUUUAAAUGAAGUACCAAUUCAAAUCCCUUUUAAAAAUAUUUUAUGUAAGAUUCUUGGAAAAGUUAAUGUAUGGAUUGGUAAGAUAUUUACAUUUCUGUCACCCUGUUGCUCUGGCCUUCAAGAAGAAACAACAGAUGCCAGAAAAUAAAUAUGGACUUGUUUUCCCACAUCUGCAGAAAUGCGAUUACAGCAAUUUAAAGCAAGGAUGGUAGAAAUAGAAAGUAAUUUUUGUUGGUGGUGAUUUGGUUUGGUUUUUUGCAAAAAAAAAAUUUUUUUUUUUUAAUUGCCUGUCCUAAGAGAUCAGAGCUGGGUUUUGUCAUAGACCAUUCUACUCCACAAGGUGGCGCUUUUAGAGAAAAAAUUUAAGAAAUCUGACCUAGGCUUAAAGAGGUAUUUCUAAAGGCAUCAUUCUAACUUUUUCUGCACAUCUUUAACUCUUGUCUCGCACUUGUUUCUAAGGCUAAUUUAGCAGUCUUUAUAAUGUUGUGUAACUUAGAUAUUUUAGUUGAGGAUGGCAUAUACACCAUUUUUGGUCAUUUAAGUGGUAAAGCCUACUCAGUUAUUCAAGAAGCAUUUUUGAGGUACACAAAUUACCUCACUUUCUAGGAUACACAGGCUUAUUUCUAAAAGGCAACCCUCAUCUAUGAGCAAGAUAGAUUUGUGAGGCAUAUAAAACUCUAGGGACCCUAGUCAGAACACCCACACCCUUGUCUGCUGCUCAUGUCACCUCCCCUAAUGGGCAUUUAAGAUUGAUUCAGUUUUAAGAUCCUGGAUUUUAAAUCAUGUGAGCACAGUAAGUAGUGCAUCAGUACUUAAUCCACAAAACUUUUCCUAUACUGAAACAGACCUAAAAAUACAAAAAAGACCAGGGAUUUUUUUACAUUUGUAUAAGCACAAGUGCUAAUUUUAAAUUCUGAUUCUUAAAUAUUGUGCUUAUUUAUAUGAACAUAAGUACAUAAAUUCACAUUUCUGCUCAGAGACCUAUCAUCCCUCCCCGCCGGAGUCAUUUACAAGAAAUGUAAGAGGUGUGGCCCCAGCACAGCGGAAAGCGAUUUAUUCCUUCUGAGCAGCGGGCAGCUCCAAGUCUUGGUGAUUCACACGGAAUCAAGAUGCUCUAAGGGGAAGUGAGGACACUUAGAAAUCAGCUCAGUACACACCCUGCUCUCAGCCAAGUCCAUUCCUGGUUCAGCCGUUCAGUCAAAGGCGACCGACCUCCCUGUGCCCUCCCUCCUCCCCCCCACCCCGCCCCCUGUCUGUUUUUUGGGCGGGUCCGAAUAUUUCCUUGUGAACCCCAACAGUAGCCCCACCCCUGGAAGAUUGGCAGGGGCCAGAGCUGCCGUGCCCGCCCAGGAGAUGCUGCUCUAGGGUCAGGGCCGCUGCUGGCUCCUGGGCAUCCUUGCUGCUGCCUUGGGAAGCAGAACAUCUCUUGAAGCACCAAUAAGUACAACACAGUUCUCUCACGCUCCGGGCACCAGAGAUGCGGUAGACACUUAACCAGACAUCUCAAGCUUGAAGCUCAGCUAUUUUUUUCUUCAGAUGUAUAGUUAUAGAAAAUGUUUUCUUUUUAAGUUUGUUAUAUUUUUAUCUACAUAUAUACUAGCAAGAUAUAUUCCUGGAAAAGUUUUACUUUGAAAAAUUGUCUACUCUACUUAGAAAAAGCCUCUCAUUCUUUAGUUUCUUCUUUCUUUUUCGUCAGUAAGCAAAUUAUCUCACGGGAUAGAGGAUUUUCCUGUUUGAGGAAGCUUUGGUGUGACCUGUAACCCUUACCUGUUUUAGGAGUUUGGACUGUCAAAUCUAAGUGGUCUUAAUGGGGGCACAUGGCUACGUAUUACUGCCAAGAGCUGUAUGCCUUGGACUGACUGUCACACGUAAAACCACACAAUUGUAUAAUUUUUGAGCUUCUGGAUUCUAGACAAAUUCUGUUGCUGUGUCCAGGCUAAAGUUCUGAAGACAGCCUUUGUACUCUCUCUUGAAAAUUUCUCAUCAUCAAUUUUAUGAAAUGAAGUAAUGUAUUAUCAAUAUUUUUGUGGUUUACCAGCACCUCUGAGUUUGACCUUCAAGUCUCUGAAUGAUUAAAAUAGUUUCUGGCAGUAAUCCACUUCUUGACAUGCCCCCCCCAAUCAUGUAUCUUUUUACUCUGGUCCUGUUUGCAACAAUGUACUCACAUAUAUUACAUUUCCUCGCUUGUAUUCAUUAUUUCCUUACAAAUAGUAAUACAUAUAUUAGUACAUGGAAUUACAGCAUACUAAGAACAGCACUUAGCAGGUGAGGAAUUUUUUCAACUUCUUCAUUUGCAUAACUUAUUUCUAUUCUUAUUCAUGUAUAUUAUUUAUUUCCAAACCAUACCAGUCCUAUAAAAGUGCAAAUGAGGCAGGUGUUAGGACUCGAAUUUAUUGUUUAUUAUCAUGAUCUUGAUGGAGUGAAAAAACUAAAGAUUAGAGUAAGCCCCCAAGUGAGCUGCAUGCAUUUUUAAUAUGACUAGUAGAUGUCAGUUGAUAAGAACUAGUACUUUCUAUGUCUACGUGUGUUAUUAUGUAAAGGAAGUAAAACUAAGGACUUGCUGUUGCUUUUCACAAAUACUCAUGUAGUAUAGUGUGAAGUGACCACAAAGGCUAAAGGUAGAAAGGCAUUUUAGAGACUGCCUUCAUUUAGGAACUGUGCCUUGUAGCCAGCGAAGUGGCUGCCAGACCGUGACAGGCGUCUGGGCGAUGUUUUUUGUUUGGCCCUAUGAAGAAGGAUCCCCAUGCCACCCAGUGCCCCAUAGGUGCUUUGUGUAGUAGUGGAAACCAGUGGUACUGUUCAGAGGGGAACAGUGUGGGAGAUACAAGCAGAACUGGCAGCUUAUGCCUCGAAGCUUCCAGGAUACAUCAAGUCCUAGAGAAGCCUAAGUUUCCAAACUCCAGGCAACCUGGGUAUGUACAGAAGCAAUCUAGUCUGAUAAUAAAAAGCAAGGAUUGCAAGUACAGCAAGUUAACAACCAGUGAUUCCUAACACCUCAAAGGCUUGUCGCAUUGCUGAUAGUUUUAGUUUGUUCUGAAGGUUAAAGGGCAAGUGGUUGGUGUCAGAGAGAAGUGUGUAUCAAGAAGAGGACAGCGGUAGUUCCCUUAGAGUGCAACUAGAAGUAAAGAUUUUUGUAGGAGUCUCAUUUCUGAGAUGUAUAAAAGCAUGUUUUCACUGAAAAGUGUAUCUGUUUCUGUAUUCCCGUAGGGCCUAGUUCAGACUUUCUUCUAGGUUUCAACAAGGCUGUUGUACACAGCAAGCUGCUGUUUGUCUUAUACUAGAAAAUGUUUUAAAGGUAAAAAGAAAUCUUAAUUUGGAUAUUUGGCUUGCUGGUUUCUGGGCUUGGUUUUGUGGUUCUAGAACUGUACAAGCUGUGCACAUCAGAUGCUAAUCUAGACUGUGAACCAGCCUGGCAUGAUCAGCAACCCCACACUGUACAUCCUGCCAAUACAUCUCUUCCACCCUCCCGCCAAGGUGCUCUCCACCCCCACCCUGACCUGUCCCCUGAUGCUUCCCCAUCUUCCUCUGCUGGUGGCUGGGCAUCAAGCAGAUGAUGAGGAACUCCUUAGGCAUCACAGCAGGCCUUCCUGGGCUUGGCCACCAUCCACAUAUGACCUUUGGCUGGCCACAGUCAUCAAGAGAUUUUUCCUGGUGCCAGACACAGAAUACAGUCAUGAUGCCAGUCAUAAAUGCCCCCUAGCAUCUUCCUGUGUAUCUUGAUAUUCAAAGUCAUUCUAUAGAGCAUUCAGUUUUGGUGUGGUACCAGGAGAAAAACAUUCCAAGCUGCUGUUUUACAUCCAUCUACAAGCUAUACUUUUACUGCCUUUCUUCAUACUUGAAACUCAUUCUGUUUUAACAUCAGGGUACAAGACAUCAAGGUGCAUGUUUCCUCAAGGUGCAAAAUUACCCUCAUUCCGUUUGCUUAUUUUGCUACAGAACGCUCUCUUUUGGUGCUUUGGGCUCAGCAGGUCAGUGAGGCAGUAUGGGAAAACCACUGCCUGGAACACAGUCUUAACAAGAGUGUCAGCAGAUGACUUGGUAUUGAGACAUUGUUUCUGCUCUUUUCUGUGCCCACAAGAUUGACAGUUACCACACUGUCCUGUCAGGUCUACCUGCACAUCCUUCUUCCUGAGGCUCCUAAACUCUGCUCUGUACCCAGCAGUGGGUAUGGCAUGGCCUCUGGUAAUCUGAGCUAGUUCCUCAGAGAAAAAUGACCUUGGGUACAGACAUCAACACUCUAGCAAUUUCACCCAGAUCAUGCAGAAAGCCCUCCUGAGGAAAGAAAUAAAAGUGUAUCUUGAAGGCUACCCUUCACAACCCUGAGCUGAAGGCUUUUACUACUUCUCUUGAGGAAAACGAAAAUGCUGGGUAGGUUAUAGCCUUCCCAACCGAAGAGAGUAGAAGAGUAAGCAUGCAUGUCAUGUAAAAUGACACCCCCAAAAGACAGCUUCUAUCCAGUACUCCAUCAGUAAAGGUCCAUGCUUAAAAGCAGCUCAGGGUAAGAGGUGAUGCUCUGGGAGCCAGGAUCUCAUGCAGGCAUCUGAACUCUAAGACUUCCUUGGAGAGGGAGAACGGCUGUGGUGAUUCUAUUGUGGUGACAAAGGAAACAGGUCGAGAAAUUUGGAGGGUUACAAACUAAUAAUCAUUUGGCAACUGGAUGUCUUACUGGGUGCUAGAAUGCAAAUUUAGGUAUUUAUUGUCGGGUUAUGGAAUUCAUUGCUUUUUCAAAAGUGCUGUCCAAAUGUCACUGUCCAAUAUGUACACAUACAUGCCAGCUAAAUUGAUUGAAAGUAAAAUAGAAAAUGGUGUGUUAAUUUGCCAUACCUUUUGUAUUCCUUACAAUAAAAAAUGUUGGUAGCAAAUAAAAACAAUUUUAAACUA